AUGUCGGUCGACCUGCUGUGCCUCCUCAUGUCGCGGCGCUGCCGUCGGGAGAGGAGGCAACUCGUGGCGGUGUCGCGCGGCAUGGUGCUGUGGCAGGCGCUGCUGCGGGUGGCCUGUCAGGCCCAGCUCAGGUGGCGCCUGACCCCCCGCCGCGGCCAGACCCAGAAGGCGGGGCACCGCUCGUACCUGGGCUGCCUGCUGGAGACGCUGGGGCUGGUGCCUGCCCAAGCCUCGUACCUCCGCGGCAAGGGGUUUGGAUACCUCGCCUCGGUCAUCGUGGAUGGCCAGUGGUCGCAGCGCCGCAUGUACCUGGGCGGCUACGCCUCGGACGACAAGUGCUUGCUGUGCGGCGACGUUGGCACGCUGCUGCACAGGCACACGCGCUGCGGUGGAUGGCCGUCCGAACUGCGGCUGCCCAGCAAGAUCCGUGAGAUGGCGGGCAAGGCUGAGCUCGUGGAGGUGGAAUCCCUGCUGGGGCGCGUGUUGUGGCCUGCGCCCCGCGGCAUCAUCAAGCCGCCUCGGCCUCCUGAGCUCAGCUGGCUGGGCCAAGACGUAGGCGGCAUGCUGCCGUCGGGCGACGUGUACCUGGACGGCUCCGCCUACGAGGGCGACUUCCAGCAGUACACAAGCGUCGGCUGGGCUGCGGUGGUGCUGCACGAGGACGCGGACGCCUUCCGCGCUGGCAUCUCGGGCACGCUGUGCGAGGCCUUCGCCGACACCAACGGCGGCGAGCUGGCCGCGCUCAUCGGCACGCUGCGCCAUGCCGUGCCGCCCGUCAGGGCCAUCGUCGACUCCGACUUCGUGUUCAAGGGUGUGCUGGAGCACGGGCCGCUGCUCACGACGCGCUGGGGCUACGCUUGGGCCCACCUCUGGCGCGAGCUCUGGCGGUUUGUCGAGGACUUCGGGGGGAUAGGGCCGCAUGGCCUGACCCUCAAUAAGGUCCCUGCGCAUGUCCCGCGACGCCGAGUGACCGACGACGGCGUCAUCACCGCUCGCGACUGGAUCGGCAACUGCAUCGCUGACCAGGCCGCGAAGUGUGCGGCCGAGCGCGCGAGGAUUGCGCCCGAGGACCGACAACGCCUGCAGUCGGCACGGGGGCUGGUCGAGGGCGUGGCCAUGUGGGUCUCAGCUGUUGGGGCUGCUGUGGGCGGGGACGACACCACCCACCGCGCGGCGAAGCCCAACGAGGCGGCCCCGCGAGCAGCGUUGCAGCCAGCGACUGCCAGGCUAGGCUGCGACCUCCGUGGGCCGCCCGGGGCGAGAUGGUGCAGCAGGUGCCGCUGGCUGGAGCGCGCCAGCGAGUGCCCAGGCUCGAUUGUGACGUCCGCCCUGGACCACAAUAGGAAGCUGAGGGCCCAGGGCGCGCUGGCGCACGUGAUUGUGAAGAUCGAGCCGCAGGUCGAGGCCCAGCUGCAACGGGAGAUGCCGCUGCUGGCCUGCCUCGUCUGCGGAGCCACAGGUGCGGCGAGGAGCUCUUCCAUCGCCCGUGCCUGCGGCGAGCCUGGAACAAAGGGCAAGCUGGCGAUUGUUCGGCUCGCCAAGGGCUUCGCGCCAGGCGCCGCAGGCCGUGUGGCCGCCAAGGUCGUGCAGCUCGACGACCACAGCGUCGUGGACGACGGCGCGGAGCGCGGCGGCGGCGGCCUGGACGGGCCGCUGCCCUGA